AGACUAUUUUUUUUCCAGUGCUUUCUGACUAGCUAAGCUAAUUAACAAUGGCCUUCUGUAGAUUAUCUUUAAAUCUUCUUCAUCUUCUACUUGUUUUUCCUCUUCUUUUCUUGAUUAUUUUGGGUAGGGUGAUAUGUGAGUUUACCGAAGAUAUUGCAGCUCAGCAAGAGGCGGAUCGAGUUGUUAGAUUGCCUGGCCAGCCGGAAGUGAGCUUUAAACAAUAUGCUGGCUAUGUUACUGUCAAUGUAUCUCAUGGAAGAGCACUGUUUUAUUGGUUCUUUGAAGCCACAGAAAAACCUCAAGAAAAGCCUCUUCUUCUUUGGCUCAAUGGAGGCCCAGGAUGCUCUUCAGUUGGAUAUGGAGAAGCAGAAGAGUUAGGACCUUUCUUCCCUCGAAAACGUCAACCAAAGCUGAAGCUCAACCCUAACUCAUGGAACAAAGCUGCUAAUCUAUUGUUUGUGGAGUCUCCUGUUGGAGUUGGAUUCUCCUACACCAAUACCAGUAGUGACAUCGGUCAACUGGGAGACAAAAUUACAGCCCAAGAUUCAUUCACAUUUCUGGUGAACUGGUUUCAAAGAUUUCCACAGUUCAAGUCCUAUGACUUUUACAUUGCAGGAGAAAGCUAUGCAGGGCACUACGUUCCACAGCUUGCGGAAGUCAUUUAUGAUAGUAAUAAGAAAGCUUCCAACAAGCAUUACAUCAAUUUUAAGGGUUUUGUGAUUGGGAAUGCAUUAUUAGAUGAUGAGACAGAUCAAACAGGGAUGAUAGAUUAUGCAUGGGAUCAUGCUGUAAUAUCAGAUAGAGUGUACCGUGAAGUUAAGAGCAAAUGCAACUUCAACCAGAAACAUCUAGCCAGGGACUGCAACAAUGCCCUCAAUGAUUACUUUGCUGUGUACAAGAUCAUUGACAUGUACAGCUUGUACGCUCCAAAAUGUGUCAAAAGCAACUUCAGUAUUGACAGACAACUCCCUGUUAUCCAAGGCAUUGCUCCUCAAAUUUUUUCCAAAAUUGAAGGUUGGCACAAAAAACCUGCAGGCUAUGAUCCUUGUGCAUCAGACUAUACUGAGAUUUAUUUGAAUAGGCCUGAUGUUCAAGAAGCUCUACAUGCUAAUUUAACAAAAAUUCCAUAUCCAUGGACGCACUGCAGUGAUAAUAUAACCUUUUGGGAUGACUCUCCAGCAUCAAUUCUUCCCAUAUUAAAAAAGCUAAUAGCUGGAGGCAUUCGCAUAUGGGUCUACAGUGGAGAUACAGAUGGAAGAAUUCCAGUAACUGCAACCAGAUACACAUUAAACAAACUUGGGUUAAAAACUAUUGAAGAAUGGUCUCCUUGGUACUUCAAGAAACAGGUUGGUGGAUGGACAAUUGUGUAUGAUGGACUUGUGUUUGUAACAAUUAGAGGGGCUGGUCACCAAGUUCCAACUUUUAAACCCAGGCAGUCUCUUCAGCUUAUCAAAUACUUCCUGUCCAAUGAGAAACUGCCAUCUAAACCAUUUUGAUAUUUGUUUAUUCUUUUUAUUAGCUAUUUUUUUGUGUGUGUUUUAUUAUUAUUAUUAUUGUAAAAGAGGGUAAAGGAGAUUCAAAGAAGCAAUUAUCACCAAGCUAAGCUUGCUGAUGCAUUUGUGAUUGUUAAAUUCUUUUUAUUCAAAUAAAAAAAUUUUGU